AUUUACGACUUGGCAUUUUGUCGACGGGGUUCGUUGCUUAUCUGCCUUCAAAGGGUGGCAACUGGCGAGUUUUUCAUCUGUGAAGGUACGAUUGAUAGUGAUGCGUUCGUCGUUGAGAUUUCCGGAGCUGUUCAUAAGACCAACAUUACUGUCGCGAAAGGCAAAAACGUGGUGCUUAUCCGUGAUGAAGCCGGCGUCGUUCUGUUGUCAUAUCCAAUUCGUUGGCAAUCGUCAUCCACGAACAGCAGCGUUAUCGAACUCUUCCAUGUGUCGAACUUCCUCAGCUCGUCCAACGGCGACAAGUACACCAUCUCUCUGCAAAGUCGAGAGAUUUUCGACGGUAAAAACUGUGCUCUUCAUUUAUCGAUUCACAAGCGAUUAAUGUGCUAA